AUGGCCACCAACCCUCCGAAGCCCAUACGCCUGUGGAUUACUCCUCCUGGCCCCAACCCAUGGAAGGCCGUCUUCCUCUUCGAGGAACUCGGGCUGAACUACGACAUCAAAUCGUUCCGCUUUGAUGAUGUCAAGAAGAAACCCUUCAUCGAUGUCAACCCCAACGGUCGAGUGCCGGCAAUCGAGGACCCAAACACUGACCUCACAUUGUGGGAGUCAGGCGCUAUUUACCAAUACCUGAUCGAAGAGUACGAUACAGAAAAGCGCUUGACUUACACAACCACCAAAGAGAAGCACUUGUGCAACCAAUUCCUUCACUUUCAGAUGAGCGGCCAGGGUCCUUACUAUGGCCAGUGCGGUGUUUUUCAGCAUUUAUGGCCCGAGAAAAUUCCUUCUGUUAUUGAGCGCUAUGCCAAUGAAAUCAAGCGGGUACUUGGCGUGUUAGAGAUUGUAUUGUCUGCUAAGCCUGUUCAUGCGCAGUGGCUUGUAGGCAAUAAGAUGACGUUUGCUGAUAUGGCCUUUGUGCCAUGGAACUUUCGUUUGGAUGAAGUGUUGAACCAGUCAUGGGAUGAGGUUUUCGAAGGCGUUCCGCAUGUCCGAACUUGGCACGAGCGGAUGAUUGCUCUUCCAUCCUGGAAGCACGCAAUGGACAUUCGUGCACGUUUGAUGGAUGAGCAGGGUCUGCAGUGGAAUGGCGUGCCUAAGGGCAUCGAGACUUUCACGGAGUACGAGAAGAAGAUUGCUGCUGGGAAGGAUACAGCUGCAAAGCAGUGA